AUGGCUGCAGCUUCCGAGAGGAGAGAACUGAGCGCAGCCGCGUCCCAGCGUCCGAUCGUGUAUCCUGCCGCAGUGCACAAAGAGUUCCGCCACAUCACCGUCCGCCGGACUGCCCGCCCCCUCCGCCACCACGGGGGGGAGCCCGAGUGCCUCGGGAGUCGGAGGGGAGGCGGGAGGCGGACGCGACCGCGCUGGAGGAAGGACAGGAGCCAGGUUCCGCGCUUCCCCAAGCGGGCGGUGCAAGCUGGAGGCGGGGUUGCUGGGCCGGAGUGUAAAGUACGGGACGGUAGGAAACUGCAGCCUGCGAGUGGGCGGGGUCGAGGAGACUUAGGAGGGUUUAAGAGGAGGUGGAGGGAUACACAGGCCACAGUCGGAACUACUUUCAGGAGGAGGUCACGUGUGUUCCUAGUUGGGGAACUUUCCAAAUUCCCACUGCUCUAUGAUAUGGGAACGCGAGCUUACUUUGCCCGCGGUAUUCCCGCUUUGUGCGGGCAGCAGGACCCUAGAGCCUCUUGUGUCGCGGCGGAAAAACUGGCUCAGAGGAGCGAUCCACCGGAGUGCUGUCGCCUGGGGAGCUGGUUACACAAGCACCUACAUCCAAGCACGUGCCCCCGCCUCCCCGCGCGCUGGCCGCCGCCGCUGAUUUCUUGCGGAGCGACAGUUCCCAAGCUGGUCCCAACCUUCGCCUGCUACACAGAGCAAGCUAAACUGCCGAGACCUGAAACUCCUAGAUCUGAAUUGGCUAACACUGCGCGUUCCCAACCGUGGAAGAAGGGGUUUGGCCUGGGGGGCAGAGGUCUGGUUCCUCUCGCUUGCUAGUGCCCUUAUCCUUAGGGCGAACC